UCCCAUAGUCUUCCUUCCAAGCACACAACCAAGGGUUUGUGCUCAUAGCCUCAUAUCAUGGCUUUCCUUCAUUCCUCUGUCUUCUCUUGCUUUGCCUUCGUUGUUCUAGCUUCCACUCUUAUCCACACUCCACAAGUUCAUGGAAGGGAGAUAGAAAGCCGGCAUGUGGUUAGUGUUCACUCUUUGCUGCCAAGCUCAUCAGCUUGCUCCUUGCCGAAAGAUUUGAACACAUCGAGGCUGAAGGUAGUCCACCCGCAUGGCCCAUGUUCGCCGAUCGGCACCGGCCGGGAGCCCUCCCACGCCAAGCUUCUCAACCGGGACCAAGCCCGAGUCGACUCGCUCCACCACCGCAUCUCCACCGCCUCCAGCCGAGAGAGCACUCGCAGCUCGCUCGCCGCAACGAUCCCGGCCAACACCGGCGGCUCGCUCGGCACCGGCAACUACAUCGUGACCGUGGGCUUUGGCACCCCCAAGAGCGACCUCACGGUGGUCUUCGACACCGGCAGCGACCUCACCUGGAUCCAAUGCAAGCCAUGCAGCAGCGGCAGCUGCUACCCCCAACAGCAGCCACUGUUUGACCCAUCCCAAUCCUCCACCUACUCCAACAUCUCCUGCAGCUCCCCUGAAUGCUCGUUGCUCGACUCUUCCACCUGCUCGGCGUCGUCGCCGUGCCGCUACGACAUCGAGUACGGCGAUAACUCCCAAUCCAGCGGCUACUUCAGCCACGACACCUUAACGUUGACGUCCUCCGAGCUGGUACCGAGCUUCAUGUUCGGCUGCGGCGAUGAGAACAGCGGGCUCUUCGGCACGGCGGCCGGACUGCUCGGCCUGGGACGGGGAAAGGUGUCGUUGGUAUCGCAGGCACGGAAGUAUGGCGGAGUCUUCUCGUACUGCCUCCCGUCGUCGUCGAGCUCGGCAGGAUACCUGACAUUUGGCGGCGGCGCACCGUCGAACGUCAAGUUCACGCCGAUGCUGACGUUCUCCGACAUGCCAUCAUUCUACUUCCUGAGUCUCGUGGCGAUCAGAGUCGGGGGAGAGCAACUUCCGAUAUCUCCGACGGUGUUUUCGACCCCUGGGACGCUGCUCGACUCGGGCACGGUGAUUACUAGAUUGCCGCCGUCGGCCUACGUCGCCCUUCGGUCGAGGUUCCGGCAGCAGAUGAGGAAGUACAAGACGGCGCCGGCGUUGUCGAUACUGGACACUUGCUAUGACUUCACCGGGUACGAAACGGUGUCGGUGCCGACGGUGGAGCUCGUGUUCGGCGGCGGGACAAGCAUUAACCUCGACUUCGCCGGCAUACUGUACGUGGCCAAAGUGUCGCAGGCAUGCCUGGCGUUCGCCGGCAACGGCGACGUGAGUGACGUGACGAUCAUCGGCAACGUGCAGCAGAGGCGGGUCAAUGUGGUCUAUGAUAUCCCCAAAAAGCAAAUUGGAUUCGGUGCAAAAAGUUGUUAGUUAAGGGAUCGAAGACAUUGGAGCAUGGAACGUGAUUGAUGAAUCGAAUCAAGCAAAUAGAAAAGAAUUUUUUCUAAGAAAAUAAAGAAUUGAUAGAAGAAAUCAAGAAAUGUUGGAACAAAGAAAAAAAAACAGCAAUUGGAUGAUGUUUGGUUGACCAAUUUGCCCAACUUGGCCGGCUGCUUGUGUAGGAAAAUAAUGUGAUCGUGUUCGCGUGCUUCUCUUUUUCCUAAUCUGCAUGAUAAAAUUUUAGCAGUUUUAAGCUCA